AAGUCUCAUAGCACAAAAGUUUAAAUUUGAAAUGACACUAGGAUUUCGUUUUUUUUAUAUUAUUCGUAUUGUUUUAUAAUUAACACUUAAGAAUAAAUAAUUACAUCAACAUGAACCUGUAAAUAAAGUCUGUGACAAUAGGCUUAUAAAAUAUAAGAUUUUAGUACAUAAGUACCUAUUUCGAACGAAAAAAAAAAACACAAUUUAAAGAUGGAUGAAUUAAAUAGUAACAGUAAUAAUACGGAUAAAGUUGAUGUCAUAGUUCGCAAUCUAAAGUUAUCAUUCUUCAAGGGCUCACAGUUUAAUUUUAACGACGGUGAUGUUAAACAAAUAACUUGGGACCAACAAAAUAAAUUUCUUAAUCAAACUAUUUAUUCAUCACAUUUUAAGAAAUAUCCAUGUAACCAAGAUUUUUGUAGGCUUUUUUUCAAGAACUUAAUAACCCAAAUUGAAAAAUAUCAUGAAGUACAUGAUGGCAUGUAUGAAUUCUUAUGUUCCUCAAUGAAAGAGAACAAGCAUAACACAUUUUCAUACCAGCACUAUUACAUAAAAAAUGAUGAAAAUAUCAUAACUAUUAAACAAACAAGAAAUAUGGUCUUAAAUGGUACAACUGGGUUAAAAACAUGGGAGGCUGCCUUCAUGCUGGCUGACUGGGCUCUAUUUAAUAAACAAAUGUUUUUUAAAAAACAUGUCCUUGAAUUGGGUUCUGGUGUUGGUUUUACUGGUAUAACAAUAGCUAAGUAUUGUGCCAUAGAAUCAAUGACUAUGUCUGAUCACCAUCCGGAAGUUCUCCAAGUUAUAUGUGAUAACAUAGAAAUUAACUUUCAAUCAGCAAAAAAAUGUACAACAUCUCAUUCUACUGUGUAUGAAAUAAAUGAUAAGACUAUAGGUGCAAUAAUGCUUGAUUGGAACGAGCCGGAAGAGGAAAAAGAUUUAACACCAGAUAUUAUAAUUGGAGCUGACAUUAUUUUUGAUCCUUCAAUAUUAAAACCACUUAUUAACAUACUUAAUUCAUUUUAUCAGAAAAAUAAUGAAGUUGAAAUAUACAUUCUCAGCGCUAUUAGAAAUAUAGACACUUUUAAUGGUUUUCUAGAAGAAUUAAAAUUAUCUAAUUUUCAAUUUGAAAAGAAGGAAGUAUUAAAAAGAGGGUUUGUUGACUGGGAUGAGAAUACUAAUAGAUGUUUAUUAAAAAUUUAUAGAAGUUGAUUUUUGUUUUAUAUUUCUUUAACUUCAAAUUCUUAUUA